UUGCCUCUAUUCCUCACCUUACAAGUAAAACCGCUGCUUCAAUUUCUCAGUAACGUCACUCGGACCGAUCGGCUUUCAGUUUCUCUAGCUUCACCGAUAAUGGCCGCCGCCGCUCCUCCGCCGCCGCCCACCCCAACCCCGACUCCGCCCUCCACAGUUCCAGCCGAUUCAACUCCAAUUGGUCACCCUCUCUUCUCCCGAGUCCGUCUCGCGGGCCCCUCCGACGUCCCUCACAUUCACAAGCUCAUUCACCAAAUGGCCGUCUUUGAACGCCUCACUCAUCUCUUCUCCGCCACCGAAUCUUCUCUCUCCGCCAAUCUCUUUUCCUCUCCGCCGUUCCGAUCCUUCACCGUUUUCAUCCUCGAAGUUUCCCCUAAACCCUUCCCCGAAAACUCCCCUCAUGACUCUAACCCUAAUUACACCCCCGUCGUUCGCAUCAUCAAUUCUGACCUCCCUGUGGAAGAUCCAGAACGGGAGAUUUUCAAAUCGGAAAACGAAAAUGUUGUGGUUGCUGGAUUUGUUCUGUUUUUCCCCAACUUCUCAACCUUCUUAGGAAAGCCUGGCUUCUAUGUGGAGGAUAUCUUCGUGAGAGAGUGUUAUCGGAGGAAGGGUUUGGGGAAAGUUUUGCUGUCGGCGGUGGCAAAACAGGCCGUGAAAAUGGAUUACGGUCGAGUGGAGUGGGUGGUGCUUGAUUGGAAUGUGAAUGCGAUUCGGUUUUAUGAGGAAAUGGGUGCUCAAAUUUUGCCGGAGUGGAGAAUCUGUAGACUCACCGGCGAUUCUCUUCAGGUUUAUGGAAAUGAUAACUGAAAUUAGUGGAGGUUUUGCCUUUUCCCCCAUUUUCUGGCUUUUUAUUACACUUGAAGAAACUUGAGAGAAAUGCCUGAUGUAUUUUCCAUUUGGAUAUCUUCUUAUCUGAGUAUGGUUUUAGUUGAAGUUAAUCUCUGAAACGUUGCUUCUUUUUGGUGGUUGUUUGUUGAUCAUGUUCUGUUUAUCAUCUUCAUUUUCUGCCUUUGUCAUCAACAUUAUUCUGCUCCGUUCUGAUGUAGGUUUUUCUCGUUGUCUCUAAUUUUACUUAGAAAUGAGCAAUGAAAAAGUUUCUGUAA